AUGUCUGGCCAACCCCCAACCCCAGUGGCCCCGGCUGCCAGCUACGGCGGCCAGGCAACGACAUCUCCGACCAUCCCUACGCCGAACGCGAAUACAACCACCACAUCGGGCGGGGGAGCCAUGUCAAACCAGAAUCUAAACCAGAUAGUUACGGACUAUUUGCUCAAGAGAGGCUUCAAUCAUACCGAAGAGGUGUUCCGUCAGGAGUCGAAGCACCUCGGCCCCGAUGGCAAACCCAUCUCGCAGCUGGCAAACAUGGGGCCUAAGAAGUACCAAAAGGCAUUGAAGCUGCUAAAGGACUGGGUCGAUAACAACCUUGAUCUCUACAAGUUCGAGCUGUCCAAGCUGCUCUGGCCGACCUUCAUCUACAGUUUUAUAGAGCUCGUCAGUCAUGGCUACACGGAGGAGUCGAAAGCCUUUGCCAAGGAACUGGGCCACCACUUUCAGCCCGUGCAUGCGGACGACCUCAAAACGCUGUCGACCAUCACCCUGCCGCAGCAUCUGUCGGAGAACGCCAUGACCAAGACCUACAAGGAGAACAAGUACCGAAUCCCCCUCAACCAGCAUGCCGCCGGCGAUCUGUUCAACUUCAUGGAGAGAGAUUCGGAGCAGGGCGGCAUCGUCAUUCGCCAUAUCCUUGCCUCGUACUGCCAGAUCGACUCGACGGCCCGAGGACCCAUCACGCCCUUCAGCUUCGAGGCCGUCUUCCGCCGGUCCAAGAAUGCCGACAUCGAAGACGUCGACGUGCAGGAAGGCAUCCCGGGCGUCAACAUCGGCAUCUCCAACAGGGAUGUCCUCGACCCUUCGGCCCCCCUCAAGCUCGGGCCGUUGCCCAUGGAAACGGACCUUCGCGACGAUGUCCGCGCCGAGCUGGAGGACGAGGAGAAGCGGAACCCGCCACCGGAGGGCGCCGCCAGCCUUGUCGACGAGUUCGAUCGGAAGAUCAAGCGAGAGGAGAGCGCCGAAGCGCCGACCCGCGCCGAUCUUCCUCUGCCCCCCUCGAGGCCGCGAGACAUCAUGCUCGAGAUGCAAAAGGUGCGCGAAAACAGAGACCGGUUCAAGAUCGACGGCCGCACCGGCGGCGUCGGCACCUCCGUGAGCUCCUGCAUGUUCACCUUUCACAACACGCUGGGAGGUGUGAACUGCAUCGACUUUUCCGACGACGGCCGUCUUGUCGCCGUCGGCACCAGUGAGUCGUACAUUCGCGUCUGGUCGCUCGACGGCUCCGAGCUCCCUUCGAUGAACAGCCACGAGAAGGAGGCCAAGUUCAACAGCCGGAAGCUCAUCGGCCACGCCGGUCCCGUCUAUGACGUCUCCUUCUCCGACUCGGCCUCGGGCCCUCCCCAGAGGCUGUUUGGCGACGAGGGCCGGCAGAACGCUCCCAUCGACGGCAGGCCCAAGCUGCUCCUGUCCUGCGCCGCCGACGGCCACGUUCGGCUGUGGUCGUUGGAGUCGUGGACCUGCCUGUGCGUCUACAAAUCGCACGACGGCCCUGCCUACCGCUCCCUGUGGAGCCCUCACGGCCACUACUUCCUGACGGGCGGCUACGACAAGGUGCUCCGGAUAUGGAUGCAGGAUCACGCCUCGCCGCAGCGCCUCAUGGUCGGCCACGACACGGCCAUCUCGGCCAUCGCCUGGCAUCCCAACGGCAUGUACGUCUUCUCGGCCUCGGACGAGACGGACAAGACGAUUCGCAUGUGGUCCAUCGUCACGGGCCAGUGCGUCCGCGUCUUUUCGGGGCACACCGACUACAUCAGCGCGCUCGAGUGCGCGCCCAACGGCAUGCUGCUGGCCAGCGCCGACUGUUCCGGCAGCAUCUGCUUCUGGGACAUCAACAAGGGCACCCGCAUCAAGCGCUCGCGAGGCCACGGCCGCGGUGGCAUCUGGUCCCUCAGCUUCAGCGUCGAGUCCAACGUGCUUGCGUCGGGUGGCCAGGACGGCACCGUGCGGCUCUGGGACGUCGAGUCCCCGGCCGACCCCCACAAGGUCGCCCAGCAGGUCGGCCUGGACGUCACGGCGGCAGACGCCACCGGUGCGCCCGGAGCCAUGGCCGGCGCGCAGGCGAACGCGGCGACGGCCGCCCAGUCGGCGUCGGUACCGUCGUCGAGCGGGCCGCACAAGAAGAAGGGCAAGGAGGUCAUGGUGACGCCGGACCAGAUCAGCGCGUUCCCGACCAAGAAGACGCCGGUGACCAAGGUCAAGUUUACGAGAAUGAACCUCGUCGUCGCCGGCGGCUGCUACGACCCGGAGCGCUAG